GCGCACUAGUUACCGAUAAAUUUUGCAUCACUUCACCUUUUCAGCUUAAAAAAACGUCGACGUUGUUGUGUGAACAAUUUGCCCCUCGAAAAUGUUGAAUUGUAGACAAAAGGUGUUCAGGUGCCUUGCACAGGCCAUCCCCGCCAGGAAAAUCUCGACCAGGAGCGCCAUUUUCAACAAAAUGGCCCUCUGCAAUGGCAACAAUUUUGUCAGAAACGCCACUCGCUGCUUCUCCGCCGAGUCCAGCAAACUCCUGCAGGUCAUUCAAGGCGAAAUUCACCACGAAAAGUCAAACUAUGAAGCUCCAUCCACCGUCAAGGCGUUUUUGGACAAGAAGGAGUGGACCUUUGCCGAAAAGGACGGCGACGUCAACAUGACACUCAAGAAGACCGUUGGAGACUUUGAUGUAACUGUUGACUUCCAAUUGGUAUCACCAUUCGAAACCGAGGGUGAGGGAGAUGCUCAAGCUGAAAUGACUGACUUUUCCGUAACCGUUGAGAAGAAGAAUGGACAUGGAGUAACAUUUUUCUGCAGCACUUUGCAAAACGACGAGAAAUUCAGGUACAUCAUUUGCAACGUCCGCAUGUUUGCUGAUGCUGAGGCCAAGAAUUCCGUAUCUUCUUACAAUGGCCCAGAGUUUGAGGAUUUGGAUGACACUUUGCAAGCUUCCUUGGACGAGUGGCUAUCUAGCCUAGGAAUUGACUCGGAGCUCUGCGACUUUAUUGAUGCCUGCAGCAUUGACAAGGAACAGAGAGAGUACAUGGUCUGGCUCAAGGGAAUUGAGUCCUUCUUGGCCUAAUGAAUUUCUAAUUUGUGAUUCUU